GGGGGAACGAAUAAUGAGAGAAUAAAUACAAUUUUUUAAAGGAUAAAUUACCCAAAUGUAUAACUCCCCCCCAAAGUGGAACUAAAACGGCAUGCUGUUGAGUAAUAUACUCCGUGAGCAUACUACAUGUACUGUACAGCACAGCGAGCGCGUUCCUCCGAGGGGACCGAAUUUGCCAAGACCUGCAAUCGAAACUGGCGUGAGGAACAAACAUGAAGAGUGAAAAUUUAAGCGAAGAUCCAAAUGAUAUUAUCCCUGACGCGAACCAACAUGAAGAUACAUUCACAAGCAGGGUGAACACCGCAAGUGAGGUAAGCGCCACGGGCAUGAAGAAGGAAGGUGAGGAGGAGGCAUCAAUUAGAGGGGAAAAAGGAAAUCCCAAAAAAAGGGGAGCUGAAGAAAAUGGAGAAGAUUCUUUUAGCCCCUCGUCUGCUCCUCAUGUGAAGCGGAAAAAGGAAUCGCUAGAGAAGUCACAGCAACAGGGGGAAAAGCACAAGAAAGGCCUCAGCGAAAAGGAAAGGCAUACGAUGGGGCAACCAGACGAAGGAGACCCAAAGAACAGUCGCAAAAACAGGAGUGGAGAGAAAAAAAUAAUCAUCGACAAGAAUAAUCUCUUUCACGAAAUAAACAUGUUAAUAAAAAAAAAAUUAAAAAUUAAUGAUGCAAUAAAAAUUGACUUGUUUUACAAAGACAAUUGCACACAGAUAAAGCCGUAUGCCAUUUUUGACGAGUACAAAUAUGUUAAUAUAGAAAAUAAAAUUAACUUGGAGAUUGUAAAUUUUUUGAGGAAGAGCUUACAGAGUGACAGGAGGGACUUCCUCUCCAUACACAGCAGCGUGGUGGAGCUGCGAGGGAGCUUCAAUGAUGAGCUAAUCAACCUGCCAAUUGUUAACCAAAUUAUUCUGCAAAAAAUUAGCAACAAUAAUUAUAAGUACAAAUUUAAUAUCGACGCAGAUGUGCUGAACUACAUCUAUGUGGAUCUUUUCAAAAUUCAUAAAAGUAAAUAUAAAUUUAAAAUUUUGGAAAAAAAAUAUGAGUUGGAGGAGUGGUACUACUACGACACGAGGAGGGAUCGGCGCAAGGGGGGGGCCGCCACCCAAGUGGUUGGAGAUGCAACUACAGCGGAACGGGGCCAAGUGCCGCAAACCGAAGCGGAGGAUCAAAAGCGUGAGGAAGGUAAGACCAAUGACCAGACACGCAACGAAAGAGCGAGUGAGCAAAGCGAGCUGGAGGAGAACAGCACGUCCAGCGAAUCGAACGAGAGUGACGCGCUGAUAAAUUUGUAUAACGAGGAGAAGAAGAAGGAGGAGAUGCAUUUGCUCAAUGGGAAAACUAGGAAGAAGAAGAAGAAAAGGAAGAAGAGGAAAAAAAAAAAAACUGUUGAUAAGGAUAAGGUGUACAUGGAAAAGUUAAAAAAGCUAGUGGAGGAGGACAGUGAUCAUGAAGCCAAUGCCACGUCAAGUGACCACAACUCUGCCGAAUCGGAUGACUCUUCUAAUGAUAGGAAUCAAAUAUUGUAUAGGAGGAAAAUAAUAUACUCUCGGGAUGGCGACGGGACCGUCAUAAGCGCGUUUAAGGAGGUCGAAAGCGACACCGUCUGUGUUUAUUACCCGAAUAGUUCGUACAACCAGUGUUUGAAUUUGAGUUCGUUUGAGUCUCUGCUGGGUGGGGGAGGUCCCCGAGGUGACUCCCCAACGGGGGUCGACACAACUGUGGCCAACACAACUGAGGCCAACACAACUGUGGCCAACUCAACUGGGAUUGACGCAAAUGGGACCGCCCCCCCCGAUGGUGCGCAGCGCCGCCAGUACGACAUAUAUCAGCACAGAAAUGGGCAAAGCGGGGUGGGAGUCCGCGUGGCCCCGCACGCGGGAGAACCGCCCGACCUGCGGGCGCUGGACGAAGAGAACAUGAAGAUAAAGAAAAGAUACGUGAGGGACAUCUCGAUUUACAAUUUCUGCUGCGACGACAAGUACAAGGGGUGCAGCCUAUUUCUACAUGUGGCCAAAAAUAAAAAACUGAAAAAUGGAAAGAUAGACUACAACAUUGACUACUCGGAUUUUUCCAACAAUUUGGACAUCAUCAAAAUGUAUGAAGUGAAGGGAGAUGGCAGUUUGAGUGCCAGGGGGGGGGAGACCAGGCGGAAGAACGUGGGGAAGCUGUUCGAGCUGGAGAAGGACUGGAAGGUGAACGUGGAUGUCUACAUGGACAUUGAGAGGGCCGUGCGCGAGUUUAGGAAGCGGGGGGAGAGCAGUCAGAGCGGCCGUGAAAGCGGUGAAAGCGGUGAAAGCGGCGAAAGCGGUGAAAGCGGCGAAAGCGGCGGAGGUGGAGGCGGAUGUGCCGAUCGCCGUGAUCAAUCGGGCCAACGAGAAGGUCGCUCCCGCCGCGUCCACCGCUCGAACAAGCUGGACUACGUCAUUUACAACUUUUACAAAAACGUGGAGUGCCUAAUAAACCUGGUGAACAAGCUGAAGAACAGCAGUACCAAGUUCGACUACUUCUACCCGAAGAUGAUCGGAGACGUGAAUGAGGAAAUCAGGAAGCACUACGACAAAAAAAAAGUCAUUUUGUUGAAAAGGUCCAACAUAAAAUAUAUUCGCAUCUUCAACAAUGAGGUGAAGAGAAUAAUGAUCCUCUUCUUUGUGCCGUAUGGCUCCAAAAUUUUGGACCUUGCAUGCGGGCAUGGGCAGGACAUGCUAAAAUAUAAUACGGUGAAGAAUAAGGUGUAUGUUGGGCUGGACAUUUCCAAGAAGGAAAUCGAGUUGGCCAAGGAACGCCUAAGUCAGAAUGAUGUAAAAGGCUUGUGUAAUCAAGACAACUUUUUAUUUCUCCAGGGGGAUAUUUUAAAUAAUAAAUUUUUCCGCAAAUGGAAAAAUAAAAAUAUCACGUUCGACAUCAUUUCGAUAAACUUGGCCAUGCACUACGUGGUGUACAACGAGAAGUCAUCCAAAAAGUUUUUUAAGAUAAUCGAAAGUUUUUUGGAGAGUGAGGGCUUGCUGCUGGCGACCACCAUUUCGACCCUCACGCUGACUGACUUCUUGAUGAAGCGCUCGGUCACGGAGGUGGUAAGCGACUCCAUCACGGUGACGCUCGAAAACGACCUGUUCACGAUCCGGUUCGACCAGGAAAACCUCCUCAAAAUUUUCAAAAAUAAAAUGUGCCUAGAAGAAUUCGUAGAAUUCGUCAACAGCAACAACACAGUGUCCCAGGUGAAGUACGACUACUUCCACAAGUUGAUCAAAAACUCCCUGGAAAAUACGCUGGGCAUAAAGUACUAUUUUUACCUGUACGAUACGAUUGACGCCAAUGAAUUUGUCAUUCCGCAGAAGUAUCUGAAGGAUAAGCUGAAGGAGCUGAACAUGGUGGAGCUAUUCAAUAACAGCGCCAUCAUGUUUCUGCAUUACAUCACCAACAAUUUGGAGACUUACGAGCGGUACCAAAAUAUAAAUUACUUUAGCCUGAUCAAUAAGACAAUCGAUAAGUACAUUUUUGAUGAUAUUAAAAUGCGCAUUAAUAAAAUUCAGGGCUACAAUAGGGACUCCCAAACUUAUUUUGACAUUUGCUCUUUGUACCACGUGUAUGUUUACAAAAAGAACUUCGAUGCGUCCAUCCUGGGGGUGGGGUAG